AUGCCACUGCUGUCCCUUCUUCCUCUGCCCCCGUCUCAACACCCUGCUUCCACGACACCAACCCCAAACACCUUCCAUCCUUACCCUCCGAUUGAUCUCCAACACCCCCAACACUCUCGCCGCCCUCACGCUCUCCCCGCCGGCAAAGAAAACCUCUGCCAGCCGAGGCUCCUCCAUCCAUUCAAGCCCCUUAUCGUCCAGCUCUUCCUCCACCAGCACCCAUAUCUGCCCUCUCCCGUUCAUCCAGGCUGGUCAAUUGCCAAGAAAUCCGCCGCCGAAAAGAAGCAGCAGCAGCACUCGCUCUUGCUCAGCGCCUGCAUCACCCUGUCGCCCAGCUCGCUCAUCAUCAGACCCGCCCUACUCUAG